UUCUGUCAUGAGAAAAGCACUUAUGUCUAAAGAGUACUGGAAAUUUAUAUCAACAAUUUAAAUCUUUGUGUAUUAUUUGAAUAAUACAAUGAACGACGAAUUUUCACGAAAAUUACAAAUUACUUACUAUUUGAUAUUUGUACAUUUUGAUAGUACAUUAUUUGUGUUCGAUAACUGUUUAUAUCAUUUCUAAUAACAAACUCUAAAUUAAUUUAUUUUGUCUUACAUUUCUGCGUCAUAAUUAUUGUUAAUAGGUAAUCCAUGUAAAGUGAUAUUAUUUAGCUGGAUUUGCAUUUGCCAUGGCACGUAUACCUUUUGUGACUUUCCUUGGAUUCUUUUCAUAUAUAAUUAGAGUAUGUAGGGCUUCAGGCACGGAUAUUGCGCUCGAUGCAAAAGCCACUUUAUUACAUCGCAUCGAUAGUUUGAAUCUAUUAAUUUACACCUGUCUUCUGACUCUGACCGUUCUGACUAUUUGGGUGUUCAAACAUCGUCGGGUGAGCUGGCUCAAUGAAACUGGAUUAGCUGUAAUAUAUGGAUUAAUAGUAGGGGCAAUAAUCAGAUAUGGAGGUACUACAAAUGAAGUCACCCAUAUUGAUGCUCAUCCCGCUCCAGACAGCAAAUAUAACCUCUCAGUACCACCAGACAUGCUGUGGUUCCAUUUCCCUGAUAAAAUACAAAUCUCAUCUGGUGAGGUCCCAGUACCUAACAAAACUUAUGCAUACAGCUUUAGGGGAGAAAUCGUAAAUAUAGAACAAAAUGAAAUAGACCUGAAAGCUACUUUUGAUCCAGAAAUAUUUUUUAAUAUAAUUCUACCUCCCAUAAUAUUUCAUGCAGGAUAUUGUCUCAAACGUAAAUAUUUCUUCCGAAACCUGGGUGCAAUAUUGACAUUUGCUAUGGUGGGAACAGCUCUAUCUGCAUUAGUUAUUGGUGCUCUUAUGUACGGCUGUGUACAAUUGAUGCCAGCGUCUUUGGCUUCAAGCUUCACCUUUUUAGACACUUUAUAUUUUGGUGCAUUAAUUUCUCCAACAGAUCCCCUGACUAUAUUAGCCAUUUUUUCACAAUUAAAGGUAGAUGUCAACUUAUACGCUUUGAUAUUUGGUGAAAGUGUUCUUAAUGAUGCAGUGGCUUUGGUUCUUAGCGGGGCAAUACAAAAUUAUGAGGAAAGGUACUCCAAUGAUGGAGGAUUUGAAAUAACAGCAUUUCUAGGUGCUAUUGGAGACUUCAUUGGGAUAUUCAGCCUGUCGUUACUCGUUGGUGCUUUUAUGGGCUGCCUGACUGCUCUGAUGACCAAAUUCACUCAUGUGAGAGAAUGGCCUUUGUUGGAGUCAUCACUCUUCGUACUCAUGUCAUAUGCAGCUUUCCUUAUUGCUGAAGUGUGUGAACUAACAGGAGUGGUGGCGGUUCUCUUCUGUGGUAUAUGUCAAGCACACUACACUUACAACAACCUGUCGUCGGACUCACGGAACCGGACCAAGCAACUGUUCGAGCUGCUUAACUUCCUAGCAGAGAACUUCAUAUUCACAUAUAUCGGCGUCUCCAUGUUCACCUUCCCUAAACACCACUUCGACCCGUGGUUCAUCAUCGCCGGAUUUAUUACAUCAACUCUAGGACGUGCCGUGAAUAUCUACCCACUGUCAUUCUUGCUAAACUUAGGACGCAAGCCGCCAAUACCUAUGAACUUUCAACAUAUGCUGUUCUUUGCGGGUCUCCGAGGUGCUAUGUCAUUUGCUUUAGCGAUCCGCAACACGGUUUCUGAAGCGAGGCAAGCGAUGUUGACAACUACAUCGCUAAUAGUGAUUGCAACUGUAGUUCUGCAGGGUGGAGCCUCUACACAUGCACUCGCAUACUUACGCAUUCCCACUGGACAAGGUCAGAGUGACGAAAAUGAAGCUCUUCCCUACCGCGACGUGAGGAGUCUCUACCAGGCCACGGACUCAGGCGGAUCGCCCGCUGACAUAGGGUUCGGUCUUCGCAAUAUGGAUUCUACGCAACCGGCCAGUUGCGACAGGGCAACAAAUGGCCGCAUGAUAGUUAAAUGGGACAAAGGAGAUAAUGAAGUGGUUUUGCCUUGGCAUCUAAACGACUACAAUGAGGGGCCACGUAACGGUGGUGAUAAGGCGCGUCUCGCACGACUCUGGGGUGCGGUAGACUCCAAAUUGCUCAAACCACUGCUGACGCACGCAAGACCGCCGCUCACAGAGACACUGCCGGCUUUCUUGAGACCUGUGGCGCGCGUGCUCACCACCACACACCAGUACACACAAGGAGAUAAUACCCUUCGCAGAACUGAUUCGGAUUCCGAUUUAUGUAUUGAUGAACCGCAACCAGUACCAACAAGUAUCGACCCACAGCUAUCAGUUAAUGGUCGAAACGGAUAUGGGCAUGUCUAAGCUUUGUAGCUUUAGUGAUUCCCGGCUGUGAUAUAGAUUGGUAGUAAAUAGAAGAUUUUUUUAUUAAUAGGCAAAACCUUUAAUUAUUGCACGCAGCAAUUAUGGCCUGGACACGUGGAUACAAGGAUUUCUGUAGAAGGUAUCACCGGCAGUAAUAUAUAGAUAGAUACACAUUACAAUAGCUGUAAUUAUUUCGAGCAGUUACACCUUUUGAAAAAGAUCUAGAUGCCUAUCUACAUACUAUGUACAUAUACAAGUAAAGUUUUUUACGCUCAUAGUGCCACACCAUGAUUGGAUUUUUAUUUUAUUUUUUUCUUUCUUUGUUAAAUUAAUCUGACCAUUGUAACUAUAAAAGUGCUACUUUGUAUCAACAAUGCAAAAAUAUGUUGUCUUUUAUACCACUGAAGUGGUAAUGAACAGUAAUUAUUGUAAUAUUAGUUAUCUAAGUAACCUAAUAUCAUAAUAUGUGUUGAACAUGUGAUAUUAAACGCUUGUUACAUAUAUCUAGGAUUGUCAGGUAUCAGACUGAAAAAUGGUUUCUUACCGAUUUGUCAAUGUCUUAUUGUAACCCAGUAUUAAAAUAAUAGAAGUAACAAUUUUAGUCCUGACAAUUCUAUCUAUAUAUCAAGCAUUGAUGUUAUACAAGGUGAACAUUAGAUCUGAAAACAUAAGUUCUUUAGAGGACUUUUCUUCUAUUCACUUUAACUUUUAUUGCUUUGAAUCUAGUCUCUACAGUAUAAAAUUGAAUUUCACUUUAUUUCAGUGUAAACUAAAAAAACCUACCUACCAGUUGAUUAAUCGUAGUGACAUUAAUGAAUUGUGCUUAUUGCGCAAACGAUGGAUAACUUAAUAGAGAUGAAGGAGAAAAGAUACGAACGUAACACACGGUUUGUGGUCAUUUGAACGCUCACAGAUAAUGCUAGAGUUGUAAAUAUAAUAAAAUAUAUGACAUAUUUUACACUUUUUCAUUAUAUUUUCGACUGUUAAUUAGUAUAUUUUUAGCAAUUAUAAUAGUAAAAUUAUUGAUAAUUAAUAAAAAUUUAGUAGUAUAAGCUGUCUCAGAACUCAGAACCCUUUUUUUUAUAUAGCAAAAUAUGUCAGUAAAGUACACCUAAAUGAAAUUUAAAACAAUACCACGAUAUCUGCCCAUGUGCCAUUAUUCACCAUUGUGUAUUAAUUAAUGUUUUUUCACGCGUCGUCAACUUUUUUACGGUACAUACAAUAUCUUUGUUUAUUAGAAGCAGAAUUUAUAAAUUGGAUUUUUUUUCUUGUGUGCAUUGUACUAUAUUUGUCUUAUUUGGACAAGCACAAUCGAGGUCGAAGAUUGUCCAUCGUUUAUGCAUAUAAUACUUUCAAUCACAAUUCAUUCUAAUGUAAACUAUAUUUCUAAUUAAAUUAUACAAUAUUGUUUAUGCUUCUAAAUUAUGUAAAUAUUUUGUUAUUAUUGACUACAUACUUCUCUGAUGUACCAAUAUAUAUACAUACUAUAAGUUUUAAUGACUCUGGUUGUAAUAGUAUGUCAGGAGAUAAAAAUAAUAAAUGUAUGGUUUAUAAAACCGCUAUACAAUAUACUAGGUAUGUAAAACUUACUUAAAAUCUUUCCUAAUAUGAACAAUUUAUAUUUUUACAUUAAACAAUUGUGCAUUUUUUGGGAAGCUUUAUAAAUAGCAGUAUCAAAAGUUUGUGUGUCACUACCAAGUAUAUUAUACUGAAUUUAAAAGUACUUGAAUUAGAAACUAUAUAUUUUAAUAGCUAUCACAGGGUUUUUCUAAUUAUAUGUCUGCUUAUUUUAUCAAUAUAAAUAUGUAUAUAUAUAGCAGAGGUCUCCAAAUUGUUAGCAAAAAUACCUUACUGAUAUCUCCACUAAGUCCCAAGGGCCAAAACCUAGCUAGCUCAACUUAAUAGCAUAGUGUAGAUUGUAAUUUCUAAUUUGUGGUGCUUGUGACCCAAUAUUGUGCUUUAAGCCAUAGUUUGGAGGCCACUCUUAUAAAACUUGUACAACAUUGAUUUAUUAAGCAAUUGGAUUUAUUUUAAUAAAGUUGGACCUGUA